GCGUGAGGCUCAAAUCCUCACCGCGAUUGACCAAGUCACUCCUCGGGCACUCUUGGUUUUUUUUUUUUUUGAUAUUUUCGAUCAAUCUCAUUGAAUUUGACAGAGUUUCGGGUACUUUUUCUAGUUGUUUAUGGCUUUGCUGCGUUGAUGACUUUGAUUCAUACACGCGCCACUCGUCUGAAUUAAGGUUGAGAAACUUCUCCUCGCGAGAUGUUGCCCAUUUUGUCCGUCCCGUCUAGAAUACCCGAAUAUGUCUGCCACCCUAUGCUCAUGCCCGUAUCUGCAAGAAUGAAUUAGUCAAACUUCUCACUGAAAGUUUCUCUUCAUUAUCCGAAAGGAUGUCUCUUAUCAGAGCAGCCUUCUCAUUCAUCACAAUCUCUGCAAAACCAGGCAGGGGCCGGCCUCGCCUAUGCUGCUUUCUUUUUGCCACACAAUCUCCUCCUGCCAGUAUGUUGGCACAGGACAAAGAUUCACAACGAUAUCGUCUUUCGCAUUUCCCGCCUUGGUUAUCAAGAGUGAUGACGAUCGAGACAAAGGAGCCUAGGGAUCUAUAUCCCCUUAUCAUGGACGAUGAGGAGAAGAUGAUGAAGCUCAAGGCUUCCCAUGCUUCCUACCUCACCACGAUCCACGUCCACGAUACGUGCUCCCUUCGAAUCCCAAAGGGUAUCCGCCUCGAGCACCUCCGUUCGCUUACCUUUGCAUCCUGCUCCAUGGACCGCAGCAGCCUGAAGCACACCCUGCAAGCCACGCCCAAGCUCGUCAGCUUCGAGUACCACACCAGACCGUCGACGGCUAACGACUUCGACCGUACGGAGCCGCCCUUGCGCAAUGGCCGAGGCGAGGCGGUUUCUGCCGUGCCACCAGAGUCCCAUCGUCAGCUCAGGAUGCUCGUCAUUGACUUCCCUGUUGGCGAGGACGAAAGUACUUGGUGGAAGCGCGAGGAGACGAUUACCAACAUGCGGAACCUUAGGCUAUUGAAGCACCUGAGCAUCGACGCGGACAGCAUCAUCAGCCGAUUCCAGGGCGGGGAAAUCACCGUUAAUGACCUGGACGAGCUGAUACUUGAAAAGCUGGAGGGCUUGACGAUUACGCGCGUGGGAGACUCCUUCGACUAUCUGAUGCAGACGAGUCUGCCAGAGUUGGCUCGCGAGCUUAGGAACGGGCGGUCCUGCUCCUUGCACAGGGUUGGAAUCUUGCAUUGUGCCAUCGACGAGUUUACGCGGUACAAUGCUUUGGACAGCCUCUGA